UGAUGCCAAAUAGCAGUCGGCGAGAAUGUCAGAGCCGCGUCGACGUAUAAUUUAAAUUGAAUUUACAAAAUGGUGGGAAAUGUGUGGUUUUCUUUUUUUAUUGUGACAAUUAUGGCAGCGGUGUUAGAUGGCCAGACCUUGGGAGGACCUAUGCAUGGCAAAGUAGUGGUGUGUUACGUAGCCAGUUGGGCAGCAUACAGAACUGGUGCAGGCAAGUUCGAGCAGAGCGACCUGGAGCCUUCUCUCUGCACUCACCUAGUAUAUUCAUUCGCUGGUCUGGACGAACAUGGCCAUAGCAUUAAGAGCUUGGACCCUUGGCAAGAUCUUGAAAAGGACUACGGCAAAGCGGGUUACAAACGAAUGGUGGCGUUGAAAGAGAGGUACCCGCAUCUUAAAGUGACGUUAGCUAUUGGAGGAUGGAACGAAGGUUCUCUGAAGUAUUCAAUAAUGGCGGCUAGCCCAGAAACGAGGGCAAAGUUUGUGCAGAGCGUCUUGCUUUUCUUGGAUACAUACAAAUUUGACGGACUAGACUUGGACUGGGAGUACCCGACGAGGCGUGACGGUAGACCUGAAGACAAAGCAAACUAUGUGUUAUUAGUCAAGGAACUUAAAGAAGCCUUCGAGUCUAGAGGUUACAUACUGACGGCUGCGCUCGGAGCUGGCAAAGAGACCAUGGAAUCAGCAUAUGACCUCGCCAAGUUGAGUCGGUAUCUGGACUUCUUGCAUAUGAUGUGUUACGAUUACCACGGCACCUGGGACGGUGUUGUUGGGGCCAAUGCCCCGUUACGAGGGACCAACGAUCAGGACGUGUUAAGCGUGGAAUUCACCAUCAAAUACAUGUUAGCUCAUGGCGUCAGUCCUUACAAGAUGGUACUAGGUCUUCCCAUGUACGGUCGUAACUUCAUUCUGGAGAAUCCUGGCGUUAAGAAAAUUCUGUUCGGAGUCACAACAGUCAAGAGUAUGGGAUUCCCCGGACCAUUAACUAAGGAAGCUGGGUUUAUGGGUUAUAAUGAGAUUUGUACCGAAGUAACAAAUAAGUCAGCGACAUGGACCCAACACUGGCACGAACAGACCGCAACUCCGUACUUGCGGGACGGUGCACGAGUUAUAUCAUACGAUAAUGCAAGAUCCAUUGCUAUUAAAGUAAAAUUGGCCAUAGACUACGGUCUCGGUGGUCUCAUGGUGUGGAGUAUUGACACAGACGACUUCCGCGGCGCGUGUGAGAGCGAGAAGGAUGCAUACAUAGACUUUGUGGAUAGAUAUAAUAAGAUUGUAGACGAGCCAAUACUGCAAGAAGCUAUGAAGACACUAAACCUACCUGAUGCGAACCGGAUAGAGAACUUAAGCAGACGCACAGCCUAUGUUGUUUCAAAUGGACGCUUACACCUUCGACUUCCAGAAGGAAACUACUCCAACUACAGUCUAAUGAGAACUAUCGACGAAGCCACUCUAUUAGCACUAGAAGAGAAGAGAAUCCUAGAUGAGAUAGAGUUGGUGAACAAGAAGAAUGAAAUUGGUUAUGAGCCCGAUUCAGCUGUUGUCCUAUCUAGUAGUUAUUUAUCUAUGGUUCUAUGUUUUACCUUACUUUUCUAUUGAGAUUUGAAUUAAGAAUUUAAAAAUAUAAAUUGAACUCAUGAACUUUUUGAAUCUGUGGCUUUAUCCAAGCGUUUGGCAGUCAUGAGGAAAUGAUAAAUAGACAAUAAAUGGAUAGACUAGACCGAAUCGAAAUAUGUAUUAAUAAUAUUUAUUCUGAAUUUAAAAUUAUACAUUUUUAGUCACGAGUUCUCGUCUCGUUCUAUGUGUGCGGAAUAAACUGUCCAGCCCGGUAAGCUAUGAUCAAUUUGUUGAGAAGUUUCUAUAUUGUGUCUGCUACAUCCACUAAUACAAACUAUUAGGUACUCAGAAACAUAAUAUAGGCUAAACUAAAAUUAUAUUCCCCAUAACCGUAUGAAAUAUCUAUCACUUGAAAGUUGACACGUUAGCAACCAUUUGAGAAACUGUAAACAGCGCCAUCUAUUGGAAUAUGUGAAACAUUUCCGUCUCAAGCUUCAACUUAGAAUGGAUAAUAGGGAAAAAAAGGUAUUUGUUGAGAACCAUGUAAGCUACAAAUGUUUACUGGAUUGAACUAGUAUUAUUUCUAUGUAAAACAUUUUUCAUAGUCUUCUAAUAUUGUUACUAUUAAUGUUAAAUACAUUGUGUAUUUGUAAAAAAUUUGUUGGUAUGUAGGCAUCUAUAUAAAAUCACAUGUUAUAUCGCUAUACUAAUUCAUUCAUAAAUUAGCUCUUCGCCGGUCAUAUGUUAACGAAAUUGGAAGUUACUUCAAUGUAGUUCACGAUGAAAUCUACAAUUCUAUUUUUCAAUUAUUAUAUAAAUACUAGCCACGCACCGUCGUUUUAGCCGCGUUAAUAAUGUGAAUAUUGCUUUUCUUGUUAUAUAUACUAUUCACGAUAUUUGAACUCGUUUUUGAACACGUUCAAUGAAAUAAACAAAAUGGCGGCUUUAUAAUAAGGAUACAUUUCAUUGUUCCAUAACAUUCGGUUUCAAAAACAUAUUUUUCUUUCUUCUGGUUAAGUAAUCACUGCCAUUUUAAUACUCAUGAUAAUAUACUCUGUUAUGAAUUUAUUUCUAUGUAAAUAGUAGUAAUUCUAUAUUUUCUUUAAUAAAAUAAUGUACUUUGAA